AUGAUAAGUUUUCUUCAAUUUGCCGCCAUUGGAACUAUUAUCUUAGGAGUGGCCCAUGGAGCUCCUGCUGAUCUCAAACCCAACUGCACUGGUGAAACACCCGAUGAACUUUUUUGCCGCUUUCGCCUGACUGAGUUCACCGGAAAAAUCGACAAGCUUAAUAUGAAUAACAAAGAUGAGCUGAACGAAUUCAAGACGUCUUGCGAUUCUCUGCAGAAAUGCUUCGCCAAUCUCACAUGUUCUUUACAAAAUGAGAAAGGAGAGUCAGCGCUGAAGACUGUGGAAAAGUAUUGCGAUGCUCUUGUGUACUUACACACGGAUUUUGCCAAGUGUAGUGAGAAAUUGAACGCGAAGAAAUCUGAAUGUUUCGAUGACUGAGACCCGGUUCCAAAUGGAAUUCAUUCAACACUGGACCAGAAUAAAAUUGAUCAAUUGAAAAAGGACACAUGUAAGACAUAUUUUGGAAAGGAUGACUGUCUCAAGAAGGAAAUCAUUGAAACUUGUAGCCAACAAGAAUGGAAUAAGUUCCGUGAGCAAUUUGUCAAUCUUUCUUACAUGCUUGUCAGUGAAUGCGACUUUAGCAGACUCGGAUAA